UCGGUCCCACGCUGCACCGGCUCUGAGGGUUCUGCAGUCUCAGGUCUGAGAGGGGCUGAGCCAUCUGUUCCAGGAAGGAUUCCUUGUCUUGGACCUAAGGCCACUUUUUUGAACCAUAAACCCAUUAAGCUUGACUUCACGUCAUUGAGUGGGAAGAGCAGCAGGCCAGCUCGUGUGUUCUCAUAUGCAAUAGACUGCAGCCUGUGGCGUGUUUUUGUCACUAGACCCUGAAGCUAAGGGGCAGAGGGAUAAACAAGUUUGUAGAGGCUGCCAUCAAUAUACCAAGCCAGUGAAACAAAGCUGUUCAGUUUGCAAGGUCUGGGGGAGGAUAUCCACUGCUGACUCUUGAGCACUAGAGAGCCAGGUCUCAGUAAAGGACGUGUUACCUUACCCAUCGCCUUUGUUCACGGCUCAAUGGAGUUUGUGACAGCCCUGGCAGACCUCCAAGCAGGGGCUAGCUGUCCCAUCUGUUUGGACUACUUGAAAGACCCAGUGACCAUCAGCUGUGGGCAUAACUUCUGUCUCUCCUGCAUCAAUAUGUUCUGGAAGGAUCUAAAUGAUACCUUCCCCUGCCCUUUUUGCCGAUUUUGUUGUCCAGAAAGGAAAUUCACAAGCAAUCUCCAACUAGGCAAUUUGACUGAAAUUGCUAAGUUACUCCAGAUAAGAAGAAGCAAGAGGAAGAGGCAGGAAGAGAAUCUUGUAUGUGAAAAGCACAAUCAGCUUUUGGCCUUUUUCUGUCAGAAGGAUCUAGAGGUUUUAUGUGCACAAUGCAGUUUCUCCACUGACCACCGGAAUCACUAUGUUUGGCCCAUAGAGAAGGCUGCCGCCUAUCAUAGGAAAAGGUUGGAGCAUUACAUUGAGCCGUGGAAGGAGAGAGUGGAACGGGUUGAAAAAGUGAUAACUAUGCAAACCAGAAAAUCAUUGGAACUGAAGAAGAAGGUAGAAUAUAGGAGAGAGGAAAUAAAGUCUGAAUUUGAGCAACUUACAUUGUUUCUUCAAAAUGAGCAAGAGACUGUUCUUCUGCAAUUAGAAGAUGAAGAAAUGGAUAUUUUAUCAAAACUAAAUGAAAACCUAACAAAAUUUUCAGAUCAUGUUUCCACAUUAAAAUGUCUAUUAAAGGAGAUACAGAGCAAAUAUGUGAAGUCAGAACUGGAACUUCUGACAGAUGUUAAAAGUAUGUACCAUAGAUAUAAAACCUUAAAGGCCCCUGAACCUUUUUCAUUCCAAUUAAAAGAAUACGGUUACUGUCUUCCUCCACAAUAUUCUGGCCUAAACAAAAUUAAGCGAUUUCAAGUGGAUGUCAUUCUAGAUCCUGAAACAGCACAUCGUAAACUUAUUGUCUCAGAAGAUAGAAAAACUGUGGAAUAUAGAAAUACACUGCAAAACUUACCUCAUAACCCAAGGAGAUUUUAUCUGUGCACAGCUGUUCUGGGUUCUGAGGGGUAUGAUUCUGGCAGGCAGUAUUGGGAGGUGGAAGUGAAAGACAAGCCUGAAUGGAUCCUGGGUGUCUGUAAAGACUCUCUUCCCAGGAGGAGGAGGAAUCAGAAUCAACUGAUGUUAGCACGGGACGGAUUAUGGGGUAUUGGGCGAUGUAGUGAGAGUAAUUAUAUUGCAUUGGGUCCUAAAAAAAUUAAUCUUUUGCCAGCAGUAAUACCUAGUAAGAUCGGCAUUUUUUUGGAUUGUGAUUUGGGUGAAGUUUCCUUUUACAAUUUGAAUGAUAGAUCUCUUCUCUAUAUGUUUAAUGAUUCUUUUACAGAAGCAUGUUGGCCUUAUUUCUAUGCUGGAACUGAUUCAAAACCUCUUAAAAUCUGUACAAUAACAGAUUCUGAAUGAUGAACUAUUGUCAGACUCUUGUUUCUUUUUCUUUUCAGUUAGUGGACAAAACUAAGCCAGUGAAUCUAGUCUGAACAAUAUCCGUUUUUAGU